AUGUCACUACCAACUAAUACGCCGACUGUGGCCCGCAGUCAGUCAACUUCAUCUCGUCCUUCUCGGGCCCCAUCGGAUCUCCCUCAUCGGACACGGAGUGUAGCGGUUCGACCGUCAAAUACGACUCAGCCCCCCACGCCAACUAACUUGUCACAUUCGAAGACUCCUUCCCAGGACCGACGUCCUCCUUCAAACCAUAGUGCACUUGAAGAUGCAGCUCGACGCGAUUUCGAGACAUCCAAUCUCGCGCGCAUCCCUUCUCGUCGGGAAGCGUCAUCCGACCGAUCUCAAGAACGCCCCUCGACCGCUCGGACUGAAACUGCCCGAAGGCACCAAAGAAACCCCUCAACUCAAAGCCGGCAUCGAGACAGUGUUGAUAUGACACCAAGCUCUGGUUCACAGCUGCCGCCGCAACAUGCGACCGCAACAAAUGCCCCCGCAGCUGCGCCCAAGCGACGGACUACGAUCACGACCCCGACAGGUCAGUGGGCUCUAGGCAAAACAAUAGGUGCUGGAAGUAUGGGAAAAGUAAAACUAGCGAAAAAUAUGGAGACUGGAGAACAGGUUGCCGUUAAAAUCGUGCCCCGACUCUCAACCGAGGAACAUCGCACCAGUCGGGAGACAGAGAGAGCUGAUCGCUCAAAGGAGAUUCGCACAGCUCGAGAAGCCGCCAUCGUCAGCCUAGUGAACCAUCCAUAUAUCUGCGGCAUGCGGGACGUCGUUCGAACAUCAUACCAUUGGUACAUGCUGUUUGAAUAUGUCAACGGUGGUCAAAUGCUGGACUAUAUCAUCUCCCACGGCAAAUUGAAGGAGAAGCAGGCGCGCAAGUUCGCGCGACAGAUCGCUAGCGCAUUGGAUUACUGUCACCGCAACAGCAUUGUCCAUCGCGAUCUGAAGAUUGAGAACAUCCUUAUCAGCAAGACUGGUGAUAUCAAAAUCAUUGAUUUUGGUCUCAGCAACUUAUUCUCGCCGAGAGGCAUUUUGAAGACAUUUUGCGGCAGUCUUUAUUUCGCUGCUCCGGAGUUGCUUCAGGCCAGACCGUAUACGGGGCCCGAAGUUGAUGUUUGGAGCUUUGGGAUUGUCCUUUAUGUCUUAGUUUGUGGAAAAGUACCUUUUGAUGACCAGAGCAUGCCUCAGCUGCAUGCCAAAAUCAAGAAAGGUGUCGUGGAAUACCCACCAGGUCUCACUGCUGAGUGCCGCCACAUUAUAUCCCGUAUGUUGGUCACUGACCCCAAGCAACGUGCCAGCUUGGCCGAGAUCAUGAACCAUCCCUGGAUGAACAAGGGAUUCAAUGCUCCUCCAGAGAACCACCUCCCCCAUCGUGAGCCUUUGCAGCUACCUCUGGAUUCAGAGGUUAUUGAGAAGAUGACCGGCUUUGACUUUGGGCCUCCAGAGUAUAUCACAGCUCAAUUGACCAAAGUAUUGGAGUCUGAGGAUUACCAACAUGCUCUCCGGCUGUACGCCCGGGAACAGCAACAACCUGUUUCCAAUCAUUUAGAGCGCAAACGAGGAGUGUUCGAUUUCUACAAACGACGAAACUCUGCGGCCAGUCGCGAUACCCUUUCUGCUCCUUCGGCUGAGGCGGUGCAACUAGGCAACGACCCUUUGAAUGCUUACAGUCCGUUGGUAUCCACAUACCAUCUAGUCAAAGAGAAGCUUGACCGAGAGCGGGCUGAAGCACGGCCUGGUGCUCUUGGUCUUCAUAAACCCCCCAGCGAAGUCCACGUGCCUGAACUGCGGGCCCCGGAAGCUGCCCACACCAAUCAGUACCAGUUGGCAGGAGACAAGGAUACAGGGCGGCGAUCUCGGCCACGGGCCCGCACCCAUGGCGAGGACGAAGCCUCGGAAGGAAUGAAGAUACUUCAUUCCUCCUCGCCAUCUACCCACGCAGUUCCAACCUCACACCCCGACACACCCGCCAAGAAAGAAAGCACUGCUGCUGGACUCUUGAGACGAUUCAGUACGCGCCGGACCAAAGAUCGCCAUCGCGAUGCGGAUCGUGAACCCAUCAGUACCCCCAACACACCGACACUCAACGUUCAACCUCCUGCAGAUUCAGCGUCUCCAAUGCACCGUGGCUUCAGUGUAAGGAGAACUCGACGGGCAGAGCCAUCUCCAGGUGGGACCUCUUCGAAUGACAGCCGACCACAGCAAGAUCUUCUGGCGGCGCCAACAACGGCAGAACGCAGUGCACGGUCCAACAAAUUCCUGGAGAGGUCGACCAGCGUCAAUUCAGCGGACUACCGAACUCGGAGAGCCGCGCGGAGAAGUGACGACGACACCUUGGAUGUCGCUACAGACCAUGAACCGCCCUCUAUCAGUGACUCUGAUCAAGUCGUUCCGAAUAAUCAGAAAGAUCCGGCCAGCGCGAGGACGGGUGGACGCACACAUACGGCACGCACCAUGUCCCUGGGACACGCCCGGCGUGAAAGUAUCCAGGCACGCCGCGCCCGGCGAGACGCUACCCGAGAGGCCAACGUGCCCGAGGAGACCGAUGCGGACAUAUCCGGCGCAGGAACAGCACUGGAGAGCGCCAACGAGGGAGAAGAUCUAUCCAAACCAGUGUUCCUCAAGGGUCUUUUCAGUGUUUCCACGACCAGCAGUAAACCGUUGCCCGUCAUUCGGGCUGAUAUCAUUCGGGUCUUGAGGCAACUUGCGGUUGAGUAUGUCGAGAUCAAGGGUGGGUUUAGCUGUCGGCAUGCCCCCAGCAUCGACCUCGACAAGGUGAUUGAUGUGAGCCCCCCCAGUCCAGAACGACAGGGGCAAGUAUCAGGACACCGCCGUCGUAUCAGCUUUGGUGGUCUCCUUAACCACGACGAGAGCCGCGAUGACAGCCGCGCUGGGUCCUCCAAGCUUCGUCGAGCUCAAGCUGCGCCGGAUCGCAGUUUUACCACGAACUCGGAUGGCUCAGAUGAAUAUGUGGCACGGGAACAGGGUUCGGUCGGCGACCGGGUCGUCGGCGAAACCACUACCCGUGUACAGAGUGACACCGGAGAGAACCUUGUCCUUCGAUUCGAAAUUCUGAUCGUCAAGGUGCCUCUGUUCUCUCUACAUGGUAUUCAGUUCAAGAAGGUAUCAGGUGGAAUGUGGCAGUAUCGAGAGAUGGCGAAGAAGAUCCUCGAUGCCUUGAAACUGUGA